CAGCUCAAAGAAGCUGCUUCCCAAUGGCUAUAAAAAUCUUUCUAUGACCACUGAAUCAUAGAACUCUGUAGAGUUGGAAGAAUCCCAAGGGUCAACUAGUCCAGCCCCCUGAAACAAGAUGUGACGGCCUGGAGAUCACCCAUCAUGGGCCAUGGUCAAAUAGGUAAAGGGACCCUGACCAUUCGGUCCAGUCGUGACCGACUCUGGGGUUGCGGCGCUCAUCUUGCUUUAUUGGCCGAGGGAGCUGGCGUACAGCUUCCGGGUCAUGUGGCCAGCAUGACUGAGCCGCUUCUGGCGAACCAGAGCAGCGCACGGAAACGCCGUUUACCUUCCCGCCGGAGUGGUACCUGUUUAUCUACUUGCACUUUGACGUCCUUUCGAACUGCUAGGUUGGCAGGAGCAGGGACCGAGCAGCGGGAGCUCACCCUGUCACGGGGAUUCGAACCGCGCACCUUCUGAUCGGCAAGCCCUAGGCUCUGUGGUUUAACCCACAGCGCCACCCGCGUCCCAUGGUAAAAGAGCAACUGCUAAAAUAAUGCAUUUUGAGGGUUGCUCCUGUUGCUGAUGGGAAAUAGACCCCUGCUCCUUCCUCCAUCAGGGUGGUGGGGAGCUGUGCUGUUGCUGCCUCUCCAACUCCAAGAGCCAAGAUUUUUAAAUUUGAAACAUGUUAAUUGAGGCGGGGGGGGGGGGAGAGGAGGAGGCUGUGUCUGGAAGUGGAGCGAAAGAGCGGAAAUCUUCCCAUAAACAGCUUUGGAAGAUUACGCAGGGAAAAAAUAGGGCUAUGCUGAUUAGAGCUUAUUGUCCUCUCCAAUCAGGAGCGCAAGCAAAGACGCCUGGCUCCACUUAUCACUGCAGCAAAUGCACCUUAUUAGGAGAGUCAUUAUUUUAUGAGGCUGCGUAGUCCGGGGAGGACAGCAAACAUCCAGCCCAAGGCACUUCUCUGCUCCUCCAUCCUGGCAUUGGAAAGUGCAAGGCUGUGUAGGCAAAGGUGCAAAGCUUUGGCCAUGCUUGUGAAAUGUGAAGGAUGGGGCUUGUUUGGGAGCCAUGGGAGCAAAGACGGUGUUAUUUUGAUUAGGAAGGCCUGUCUGACGGUAAGAGAUGCUUGACAGUGGAACAGACUAUUUUAGAAGCUGGAGUACUCUCCUUCCUUCGAGGCUUUUAAAUAGAGGUCAAUUGGCCUCCUCCAGGGAAUCUUUAAGCUGUGAUUCCUGCAUUGUAGAGGGUUGGACUAGAAGACCCUUAGGGUCCCUUCCAAAAUCUACAGUUUUAUGGUUAAGUUUUUAACUUAAGCGACCUGGUUUACUAUUUUUUGCCCAGACCCAAGAGAGAGGCAUGCUUAGCUUUAACCUAAGCACGCAUCCUUUCAGCCGGAACUCAGAUUUUCUGUCUCAUUCCUAUUGAGACCAAAUUAGCUUGACUUUAGGCAGCGACCAUGUGCUAUCACACACAUUUAGAGCACAUGGCUUUUCCCAAAGAAACCUGAGAGAGAGAGCUAACAGAGCUGCAAUUUUCAGCACCCUUAACAAACAACAGAGUGGGGGAACUGUGCCAAAGCCAACCAAAUGGAUUUGAACCAAUAUAAAUGUAAAAUCCUCCUUUUCGCGAGGCAAGAUCAGAUGCACAAAUACAUCUGGUGGGUGGCACCUUCCUUGAUUUUAAAAAAUGGGAAAGGACCUGGGGUUUUAGUAGACUAAUUGAACAUGAGCCAGCUAUGUGGUACAGCUGCAACAAAGAGCUAGUGUGAUUCUGGGCUACAUCAACAAGAAGUAUACUAUCCAGAAGGUGAGAAGUCAUGGCCUCAUUGUGUUCUACUUUGGUCAGACUUCACCUGAUGUUCUGGGUCCACUUCUAGGCAUUCCUCUUUAAGGAUAUUGGUGCCUUCGGAUGUUUCCAAAGGGGAGAGCAUCGGAGAUGGUGAGGAGCCUGAAGGGUCAAAUCCUAGGAGGAAAGGUGGCAGGAGAAGUUGGGCAUUUUGAGAUGAGGAGGCAAUAUAGUCAUCACAUAUAGGAGGACUCUCACAAAGGUGAUGGACCUCAUUUCUGUUGCUCCAGAAGGCAGGAAACAGAACAGCAGGGGCGAAUUGCAUGAAAAGGUAUUUUGAUUAAACAUCAGGAUUCCAUGAUUGUGAGCUGUUCUGAGAAGACUUUGUUUUGGAAAAUGUCAUAGCUGUGAUUCCAUACCCUCCAACAUUUCUCCGAUGAAGAAAUCAAAACAAUAAUAAUAAAUAAAUAAUAGCAGCCACAAUAACUGGUGAGGUGAAUGAGCCGUGGAAUGGGUUUUGUAUUACCUGAGUAUUCCGUGGGUCUUGUGUUCAUCAGACAAUCGCUCUGUUGAAUCAUACAGACAACUCUAGAAAAUUGAUUGUCGUGACAACGCCACGGACACCAGCUCAUAGGUAUUCCUUUGAGCAUUUGCAGUGGUUGCAAGUGGAAUUAUGCCAAGACACAGGCUAUGCAGAUGCUAAGCAGAGAGUCACCCUGUACUCUGCUGCUCUCCUCCAGGCAAAAAAUGGGGGCCUUCAGAGGAGAGGCAUCUGUGGACUUCAAAGCAAGAAGUGCCUAGUUUGGAUCUAGAUUUCUGCAAUAAGAGAGUAACGGUGAUUGGAUACAUCAAUGCUAAACCAUCACGUCCAUAAAUUUCCUAGGAUAUAGUUGAACUAGCAUCAACUUAAUGGAGAGGAGGGAUAUCAAUUACUACUAACUAAGAUGGCUAUGCUUUGCCUCCACAGUUGGAGGCAGCAAUGCUUCAGAAUGCCAAUGACUGGAAGCCGCAGGAAGGGAGAGUGUGCUUGUGGUCAAAUCCUGCUUGUGGGUUUCCUAUAGUGGCAUUUGGUUGGCCACUGUGAGAACAGGAUGCUGGACUAGAUGGGCCAUUGGCCUGAUCCCAGCAGCCUCUCCUUAGGUUGUUAUGAUGGGCAGGUGUUGCAUUUAUAUGUCUGGUAGAGGCUCCUCGCGCAAUGAUUCAAAUGUGACAGCCUCAACCUCAGAGGGACUCUGUGAAAUUCACCAAGAACGAGACAGAAUCUCACAGGGGCACCUGAAGUUCAAUUCAGUUGUUUCUCUGCUAGCAGUUGGAUUUUUCAGAAAUCAGCCUUGUUCAUUUUUCCUGCCUGUGUGUUGGGAUUGCACUUCCUUCACUCAAGACCUGAAGCUGUGUGUUCAUAUGUGACAGCCCUGAUUUAGCCCCCGUAUCCUGUUUUGAUGGAGAAGGUUUGGCCUGAAAUCCCCAAAUGAUGAUUUUUUGCAGAAAGCGAGCAGGACAUCUGCAGGCCUUUAGAUCUGACUCCUUGUAAGUGGAGGGAGGUUGGUCUUGCCCCACCGUUUAAUUAACAUGGUGAGGAAAGAAAGCGACAUCCCUUUUCUAGAUAAUUGUUUUUAAAAAUGAGGCAGCCUCUGGUUUGGAGAUGUCGCUGGGGAGGCAGAUUUCCACUCCUCGGCUAUUAGGUUCCUGCAUGUAUUAAUAACUCAAUUUUCUGUAAUAAUGGGGUCGCGGCGACCUGUGCUUCCUUCCUGCAACCAAGAGAGCGAAGGAUCUAAAUGGGAAUUUGGAUUUUCUCUGAGCUGCUCCCGCUCCUUCCUCUUCUCAUAACUCCUCAGAUGCCAGAAGUUGCAGUGGCCUGCGGUGAUGCCAAUCCCCAGCACAGCAGGGCUGCCUUAUCCAGACAAAUAACCCAAGUGUGGGUAAUGGGACACAAAUACCAGGGGGUGGAAGGAGCGUCUCUUUCCCCAGCGCUGACGGAUUCCUUAUUAAAGUCCUUCAUGGCAGGAACUCUGCUUUCCUGACACAUCCUCCGUUGCCUGGCUUGUUCCGCAGGAGGCUGCCUGGAGGCUCCUGCGGCUUCUGCCGAGUGCAAUGUUGUCUUUUAAAAAAAUGCAUUCUGAAGCAUUCCUCUGCGCCCCGUUCAUUAUGAAUAUUUGAAUGGUGCUAAGUGGCUUGUUCUGGUGGCACAAAUGUGUCUCCAGCGUGUCCUUAAUUGGGAGCCACGGAGGAGCAGGAAACAGAUGGCCACGACGGCAGAGGGAUUGACGCACCCUGGGCUCGGGGGCAAAUGAGGUCAGCGCUCCUGGGUUUCUCCUUUGUUUUGGAGGAGGUGCCAUAGUACAAGCUGGUUAGGGCUUUUUCUCCAACUCUGAUGGCUUUGGAGGCAGAGAAGGAAGGAGACCUGGACUUACCUUGCCUCUUCACUCACUGUGAAAUGUUAAACUCCAGAACUUGCUCCCACAGGAGGCCACCAACUUGGACGGCCUUAAAAGAGGAUUGGACAAAUUCAUGGAGGAGGAGAGGGCUAUCGAUGGCCACUAGCCAUGAUGGCUGUGCUCUGCCACCACAGUUGGAGGAAGCAAUGCUUCUGAAUACCAGUUGCUGAAAGCCACAGAAGAGGAGAGGGCUCUUGUGCUCGGAUCCUGCUUGAGUGUUUCCCAUUGGGGUAUCUGGUCAGCCACUGCGAGGACGGGAGGCUGGAAUAGAUGGACCAUGGGCCUGAUCCAGCAGGGAUCUUCUUAGUUUUUAAGAACUGGAACACAGGAAGUUGCCUUAGACCAACACCACGUUCGCACCGUACAUUUAAAGCACUUUGACACCGCUUUAUUUUAAAUUAUUUUUAAAAUAAAUUUUAUUUUUCAGUUUUUCAAAUUGACAGAAAUAACCGUCAAAUACGAGUGCAUACAUAGUUGUAGCUGUUUAGACUUCCCUCCUCCCCUUCCUUGGUUCCCUAUACAAACAUUUGCAAAAAACGGUAUCUCUUCCUUAGCACCUUUUGUUUAUUACUCUUGUAAGUCUUCCAAAGUCACCUUUUAACCACUAGAUUUUAAAUUAAUCCUGCUCAUGUAUUGAAAUGUUUACAAUAUAUAUUUUUAAUAAUCCACAUGUCUCCCCCAUUCUUUGUUGAAAGUUCUUUCUUCUUGAAUUCUUAAUCUUCCCGUAAGUUUUGCCAUUUCUGCAUAGUCCAUUAACUUUACUUGCUUUUCUUCCUUUGUUGGGACAGUGUCCUCUUUCCACCUCUGGGCAAAGAACAUCCUGGCAGCCGUGGCUGUAUACAAAAACAAUUUUACCUGUCCUAAUAUCACUAUGACACCACUUUAAACCGUCAUGGCUUCCCCCAAAGAAUUAUGGGAGUUGUAGCUUGUUAAGGGUGCAGAGACUUGCUAGGAGACCCCUGUUCUUCUCCCAGAGCAGUUUAACAAUCAAUCCCUCUUCCCAGGGAACUCUGGGAAUUGUAGCUCUGGAAGUGGAAUAGGGGUCUCCUAACAAUCCUAAGCACCUUCACCAAACUACAACUCCCAGAAUUCUUUUUUGGGGGGUGGGGGGAGGAUGGAGAAGAGUCCAAGAACAAAGUGGAGGGUUUUCAGCAUGUUGACAUUUGCCCAAAUGAGCAAAAGAAAAGUUGGAAAUGGGAAUCUGUCCCACUGAGAGCACCUGGUGAGAGGGUGAAGGCAGAUGAAAGACUUUUGAAAUCCAGCGCAUGAAUUAAAAUUUAAAGAGAUAAAGACUCUAAUUUGGGGCUUAAGGAACCAAGAGACACUUGAAGCUCAUUUCUCUUAAGUAAGUUCUCUUCCUGCGGGCUUAUAUAAACAUAUGGAGAAAAAAGACCUCCCAUAAUGAGCCUUGAAGGGAGAGAUUAAAAUGUCAGUUAACAGGAAGGAGGAUUAGAGAGGAAAAAGGAAUUAGCCUCAAAAUGUAUUUGCCUCAAAUAUGUCAAGAUCACCACUUAAAGUUGAGAUUAAAGAUUCAAGAAACUUUGCACCCUUCCCUCCCUUGACUUUCUGAGCAGAUCUGAAAGCAUAGCAAGAGUAGCGAUGAUGUAAGAAGCGCCCUGAAGCUGCAGGAUGAGGCUGAAAGGAGCCCAUCUAGUUCUGCUUCCUGUUCUCACAGUGGCAAACCAGAUACUGCAAUGGGAAGCCCACAAGCAACAGCAGCUCUCCAACAGCAGUUUUCCAUCUUAUGGUAUUAAGAGGUAGACUGUCUCUGGGUAUGGAGGUUCUGCUGUCAUAGCAGACCUCCUUAAGAUGAGAAGCCCACAUGCAGGACCUGAGGGCAAUGCAUCUGGAGGGUACCAGAAUGGGAGAGGCUCCUGCAAACCACCCUUAGAUCAAAUCUAUGCUGACAGGUGCCAUAAGAAAGCUGCAGAGAUAGUGCAGGAUAGUACACACCCUGGAAAUGAUCUCUUUCAGCUUCUGCCUUCUGGAAGAAGGUAUAGGGUUAUAAAGACCAGGACUAGCCGCCUGAGAAACAGUUUCUACGCAAAUGCAAUUCUGGUUCUAAACACAGCAUAAGGAGUCUCUAUAGUAUAUUGUAUUUUAAAAUGGGGUUUCAGAGUUUUUAGGGGUUUUUGAAUGUUUUAUGUAGAUUUUCAAUUUCAUUGUUCUGUAUGGGACAAUGACAAUAAAGAUAUCGUAUAUCGUAUAUCAUAUAUGAAUAACUCCACAGCCUUUGCUCUGUAACCCUCAAAAACAGCAUCAACAUAAGCAGCAGCUGCUGGAUCAGGCCAAUGGCCCAUCUUGUCCAGCAUCCUGCUCUCAAAGUGGUCAACCAAAUGCCUGUGGGAAUUCCACAAGCAAGGUUUCAAGUACAAGAACCCUCUCCUUUCCUGUGGUUUCCAGCAACUGGUAUCCAGCAUUGCUGCCUCCAAAAAACAGAUUUGGUAUCAUAGAAUUGUAGAGUUGAAAGGGGACCACGUGGGUCAUCGAGUCCAUCCUCCUGCAAUGCAGGAAACUUUUGCCCAACGUGGGGCUCAAACCCACAACCCUGAGAUUAAGAGUCUCGUGCUCUAAUAACUGAACUGUCUGCCCAAUCCCAAUCACAUUGCUUGUUGCUCUGAGGACUGGCAAGGCUGAUUCUUUCAGCCUUGGAGGUGGUGCCGUCAGCUGGGCUCGCUUUGUCCUCACCUGCGCCUAGUCAUGUCCUCUUCAGUCAUUUAACAUACAGCGGAAGUGCAAGGCAAGGAAUGAGCCAGGCUGCUGCUGCUGCUGUGAUGGAACAAACCAAUUUGGCAAAAUUGAGGGGGGAAAGAAUGGUAUUUGCAUGGGCGGGGAUCUUGCCAGUGGUUUAACCAACCAUCACCUUUGCAGAAUGGCUUGGUGACUAACAGAGCCUCCCAAUUGCCUGGGCUGGAUGGUGUCAUUUGCUUGCAGAGGGCUGAUUAGGAGAUCUCAUCCCCAACUGCCUGAAGCUGGCGGCAUUAUCAAAAGUAAUUACAUAAAUACCACUGUGACACCAGCCAGAAUCUCAUUAAUUUCUCUUUUAUAUCUAAAGAACAAUUGAGUUGCAGUUAGGAAUAUUAAUGCCAUCCUCCUUGCCUGAAAACCUGUGCAGUGAAGAUUGUACCCAACAUAUCCUAAAAAGGGAAGCAAAAGAAAACUCCCUGCCCCCUCCAUGAAAGCAUGUUUUCUGCUGCUCCAGAGGGCAGGAUCCGGACCAAGGGAUUCAAAUGACAAGAAAUAAGAUGCUGAAAAGCAUUGAGGUCCACCUCCAAGGGUCUUCCGGUGGUUCCCUCACUGCGAUAAGUGAAGUUACAGGGAACCAGGCAGAGUGCCUUCUUGGCAGUACUGCCCUCAGAGUGGAACAGCCUCCCAUCAGAUGUCAAGGAGAUAAAGAACUACGGAACUUUUAGAGGGCCACCUUAUAUCAGGAAGUUUUUAAUGUUUGACAUUUUAUUAUGUUUUUAUCUGUAUUGUAAGCCACCCAGAGUGACUGGGAAAACCCAGGCAGAUGGGCAGGGUAUAAAUGUUGUUGUUGUUGUGUUUGCCUGGGUAGACAAAGAAAGGGUUGUCUGAGUUCAUGUAGGUACCUGUGAGCUUUGCAAAGCCAAUUGUACAAAGGGAACUGUCACAUCAUUCAUUGCUCUACCUGCCCAUGCGCCACACUCCCACACCGCCAGAGGGAAUGUGGCUUUGGAGUUGAACCAGGUUCCCCAUUCCUGCCCGAGGCCUUGCCAGCCUCCCAGUCGCAAGAAAUAUCCCCACUGUCGCAAGGAUGGGCUUUUUGGAAAGAAAGCAGUGUCUGAAGUGAGCUGCUCUUUCCAGAUGAUUAUCUUAGAGCAGCUGCUUCCUUGGAGCUGGUUGUCAAUAAAAUGAAACCCACAGGGUCAAGCUCCUCUCUGAUCCAUGCAGGCAAUCUGUGCGCAUUUGCACACACAGGCUGGUGUUCCUAGUGGAGACGUGUCUAUUAUCCAGUGUUCAGUCAAGAGUGGCUCCUGCAUUAUUCCCCAAGGAUGGGAGAUCAGAAGCAGGCAGAGUGGUUUGCUUUUAUUAUGCCAACGCAAAAUGAUAAAAAAUAAUAAUCUCAGGAAUACGUAAAGGAAGCUGAUUUGAAACACAAAUAGUGACAAUCUGUUUGCAAAGGGGAAGUUGCAAAUGAUUGAAAACACCUGCAUUUUGCACUGCCGUGGAGCAUUUGCAAAUGAAGGGUUUUGGAAAUGGUUGCAAUGCUGAGAAAUACCCAAUUUCAAUAACCCUCUUGGUUUGCUCUGCUGCUGAGCCAGCUCCUGGUGCUCAGGUGCAACAGAAAAGGGUGCAAAUGGAUGGAGACCACCUCUUACCCCCAGUUGGUUUCCAGAGGCAGCAUCAGUGCUCUGGAAUGAGUUUGCCUGCUAGGUCCCUGCUGACAAUUUAUGUGGAAACGUUGUGUCAGGGAUUUCUGAAAGACUGGUGGUGCUUACUGAGCCGCUUUUGAACUGACAUAGCAAUGGGAAAGCAAACGCCUUCCUUUUUUCCAACCCCAGUUUCCAAAUUGCAAAGGACUUAACACUCAAGAGAGCAACCAAACAACUAAGACAGAUGGAAAUCUCAUUUCGGUAAGAUGAAAAACAGCGAUCCCAAAAACCUCCUAAUCUGGAUCUCUGGAAGGGACUUGCCUCCCUUUUCAAGUUGUUACUUUCAUAAGAAUGCAGAGAAUUCCUUGGAGGACACAUUCUUAAUGAUUAAUUUAAAACCUGUUUAAUUCAAGUUAGGGAGAUCAAAGAGGAAACAAUUUUAUGCAUAUCAGUGUUUGCUUUUUGACACUGGAACCUCAUUUCUCUGCAAUUCGGCAGGAUGCGGUUUGACUUGUUCUCUGUGAUGUUUUCUCUGUUGAAAUUGAAAUGGAAAACAUCUUGCAGGCAUCAGGAUGAACUCCGAGCAUCUUCCCCCUGCAAAUCCUUUUAAGAAACAUUGAAGCAGGUUGGAGAAGAGAGUAUGGGCUGCUGCCUGCUAGUGUCUGUUUCAAGUGGAAAUCCUGCAGCCUCUGGUGCCUUCCAGGAUUAUUGGCAGCAUUUGCUGUCACUACAGUAAAAUACUAUUUAAAGUUGCUGCAACAAUAUCAGAAGAAUCCAGCUUUCAGGCUUUGCAUGGCUGCCCAAGCAGAGAGAGAGAGAGAGAGAGAGAGUUCUCUAUUGAAUGAAGCAUAAAGUUCUGCAUUAUAACUUUAGAUCAAAUUUUCAAGAAGGUGCAAACGUUUGCUUUUCCUCCGCUUCCUGGGAUCUUGCUGUCUGCAUGCGGAAAUAAUGAGAAACGUUACCAUUUGUCAUGGCAAGAUAAAAAACAAUGUCCCAAGGGAUCUUGGAGGAUCCUGUCUACCCUCCUUGCUCAGGAUGGAACUACAGCAUCCUUGACAGAUGCUGUCAAAUCUCUGCUUAAAUAUCCCCAGUGGAGGAAACACCAUCACCUCCUGAGCAUGUCUGCUCCAUUGCUAGAUGACCCCUCUGGCCUCUGAGACUGUUUCUCGCUGUCUCAUAAUACGAUCUAUUUCCUCCACACUGUUCUUGAUCUUGUACAUCUCUGCCAUUCAUGUGGAUCCGGCUCUGUUACAGGUGCCACGUGAUACCCGUUCUGCAUUUGUAAUAAAUCAAUAUUUUCAUAGGGAAGUACUUAACACUUCGGAACUCCCUGCCUAUUGACACCAGGCAAGUGCUUCUGCUGGACUCUUGUUGCCACCUGCUAAAAACAUAUUUCUUUAUAGACAUGACUACCCAGAUACGCAGAAUGUGGAUGUGUGUUUUAAUCUGUUUUUAGUUUAUCACUGAUUUUUAAUUCUUUUUGAAUGCUUUAAAUAGUUGUUUAAUUUUUUUAUUUUUGUAUACUAUUGUGAGGUUUGUUUGAGUUCAGAAUCGGGCGGUGAUGCCAUUUCAUUAAAUAAAUAAAUAAAUAAAUAAAGGCAUUGAUUGCCCUCUCCUCCAUGUAUUUGUUCAAUUCUCUUUUAAAGCCGUCUAGGUUGAGUGGGGUACAAAUAACAUUAUCAGUGCUUUUCUUCUAGGAAAAAAAGGUGCCAGUACUGUGUACCCUUCAGUACCGCCGGGGGGGGGGAGGCACUGAUUAUUAUCAUCAUCACCACCACCACCAUCAUUAUUAAACUUCUAUAAUGUCACCUCUUACAUGCCUUUUCUCUAAACUUAAAAAAAAAUCCUAAAAGCUGCAACUUUUCUUCAUAGGGGAGUCAUUCCAUCCCCUUGAUCUUUUAAAUUACUCUUAAAGCCUUUCCCAUCUCUACAAUAUCCUGGGGCGACCAGAACUGUGUACCGUAUUCCAAAUGCAGCCGCACCAUACAUUUGUGUAGCAGCAUUAAGCAGCCCUUGCUAAGUUUCAGCAUUUUAUUCGGAAGGCUGUCUUUGUGAUCUCCAGCGGGAUGCCUGCUUCAUUGCCUCCGUGAUAACGCACAGCCACAUCGCACGUGGUGUAAGGUGCCAUUGUAAAAGAGUGUGGUGCCCAUUAGGGGCUGCUCAUCCGUGAAGGGGAGUAAGUGGAGGCAAGGUGGUGAUUCACGGCUUAAUCUUUGAUUGAUCCAACAACCCCAAGGUUCCACAUCAUGUGUCAAAAAAGAAAAUGGGUGUCUUGUUCUAACAAAGCCUCUUGAACCAAACCAUCAGAUGGUUUUCAAUGAAGGGAUUGAUGUACAUAAACAGAGAUGUCCGUGUGUGUGAGGGGAGGGGGGGAGAGGCUGCUUUGACAACAGCACACAGUCCUCUGGUUCCAGCAAUGCUGCAAGGAGUGAGACAGAGCACAGACGUUUCCUUCCCCUACAUAUAGAAACCUCAGAAAUGUGGUUCUGUUGAAAGAGGCGAGCCCUUGCGGCUCCUUUUUCCUGCAGAACUCUGCCUUCCUCUUCAGAGACGCUUCCAGGUCAGCUUGCAAAGAAUCGUAGAACAGUUGAGUUGGAAGGGACCCUUGGGCCCAGGUGAGCUUCCUUGGGGAAAGGGUCCCACAACUGAGGCCACCGCAGAUAAGCCCCCUUUGAAAACCCUGCAGCCACCUGAGCUGAUUGGGGAACCAGCCAUUUUUUAGGUACCCUUGUUCCAAGUCUUGAUGGGUUUUCAAAGGCAAGGCUAGCCCUUUGAUUCUAGGAUAUUGGUUCAGCUGGAUAUUAUUAGUGGUUCAAAGGAACGAGAUGUAUGAACUUUAAAAUGUCUCCUUUUCUUUCUCAUAGUUGCUUUUAAAGAGCGAAAAGUCUCGGGCAAGAUCUCUUUCUCUGCAGCAAAUGAUCAGAGCAACAGUGGAGAGGCAGGUCCAUGCAUCAAGGGGCAGGGAACUUGGCACCUUCUGGUGUGGCCCUGCUGGCUGAGGCCUGGGGGGUGUUGAGGCUAUCUAGAGGGCUAUUGAUAUCCCCCCCCCAGCUUUGCUGUGUUUGACUCCUGUCAGUGCUGUUGAGUGCUGGAUAACAAUCUUGUCUUUGAAGGCAAAGACUGGAGCAGUGAAGGAGAGCAUUUGCCUGGGGCUGUGUGAUGCCUGCGGGUGGGAAGCAGGGCAGAAGCCAAGUCCCUGAUGAUCAAAUUCUUGCAGCCAAGGAGCAGCCUCCUCUCCUGUCCUCCUGAGGCAGCUGCAGCUUCCCUUUGAUUUUGCUAAGGACAUAUUUUGCUGGUUUUUAGGGGGCUACAUUUUGGCCCUUUCACAGCUCCAAGAGUGCAGGAGCUGUGUGCAUGUCUGUGUUUUGUUGAGCACAUUUUGGCCCUGAGCAUCGGCUAGAGGAAGCUAGCCUGGCCCAGAGGUCUAGCUUAGCCCUCAGCCGGGCUCCAUACCACCCUCCAUGCACCCUCCUGCUUCUCCUUGCAGUCGUGGUGGCCUUUGCGAAGCUUGGAGAGUUCUUUGCAAAAGGUCACCUCUCUCAGCGAGCAAAAUGGGAACAUAGCGGAAUCAAGCUUGUCAUUGCAGCGGCAGCCAGAAUCCAGGCAGGGCUUGUUGAUGAUUCCAGAUGCAGUGACAUUUAGCGGCAGAGACCCCGGAAAAGCAGCAGUGGCCCAAGCCACGGAGGGGGGGGGGGCUCCAAAGUCACAUGGCACAACUCGCCAUGGCUGGAGGCUGUUUGAUCACUUACAGCCCAGUUGCUCAGUCCAUGUGCAAGAAGGAGGGGAGGCAAGGAUGCCACCAAGCCAGCCAGCCAGCCAACACCUCCCCAUCCCAGCAUGUGCUGUGUGAAAGGAGGAGGAUUAGAUCUCUAUCAGGUCAGCAGCCCCACAUUCUGUCUUGGCACAUUCUGUCACAGCAGCCAACCAGUGCCCUUCUGCUUUUAUAAGCACUAAGAGAAGGCGCGGGGGGGGGGGGGGCAUGAUCUUUGGAGAUCCUGGACUUCAUGAAGACAGCACAUUCCUGCAUGUGCGUAGAGGAAUCAUGGGGAGGAUUCUGGCCUGAGGAUCUUGCUAGAUGCUGAACCCAAAGGAAGCCGGGCCAAGUGCAUUAAUCAAUCAAUUAGCACAAUUAAUCAGUCCACUGGCUGCAGACGCAAGCUGUAUUUUCUGUCUUCCCCUGGCCUCUUCGAAAGGGCAUUUGGCGCUUUUGCGACACAAAGCACUCAAAAGUAUCCCAAACAGUUUCCAAAGAGGAUUUUGUUUGGAGUUCGCUGCUGCAGAGAAACCGUGGUUGUCGAAUGCACCUAACUCCCCUGGAUGUGCAUAGGAUGGCAUUUUAACUUGGCUGUGAAUCACUGGACUGAUUUAAUAGAACACCAUAAAUUGCUUGGAAAAUACAGGAUUUCCUGGAUGGCAGGCGGGCACAGGAUGGAGGGAGCCAACAAGCUGGGCUCAGGGCUGCAAUUCUCUGUAAGAACUGGUCCAAGUUAGAAACUGAAGCGGACUAGAAAGGCCAUUGGCCUGAUCCAUCAGAGCUCUUCUUAUGUUUUUAUGAUGGGCCAAAGGCAGCAUUUCUCUGCCUGUUUUUGCCUCUGGUAUGUGGCUCCCAGAAGACUGCCUGGAAGGGAAUGUGGCCCUCAAGUUGAAAAAGGUUUCUCUUCUUUCCCCUGUGCUAAAUGGUUGGUUGUAGAUUUGGGCUUCUUUUACCAGGGACCUGAGGUCAUGAGUUCAAAAGGGAGGGGGGUGCUGCUGUCUACACACACACACACACACACACACACACACACACACACAGCUAAACAGGCAGCUCUGAAUGUGUGUGAACUGUGAAGUGCCACACUUAGUACUGGUGGCCUCUUGACAAGGCUGCCUCUUCCCCAGCUGAUCUUCCUCCUUUCAUUUCUCCUUUCUUCCUUCUGGCAACAGUGAAUAUUCCUAACAGAGCUUGAAAUUAAACUCAAUCUUUAUCUCGGUCUGCUGCACUCUCCGCCUUGCAGGGACGUUGUCGAGGGUGCCCUGAAGGGAGCCGGGAGGAACAGGAAGGAGCUGCUACCAGAUUCCCCAACAGCAGCAGGGAGAGGCGCCCACACUGGUUAGCAAUGGGUUGCCCUCCUACCUUCCGUGGUUGCUCAUAAAAUUGGGAUGUCUCUCAUCUAGACAGAGUUGGUGGGAGGUUAAUGAUAUUGUAGAGUUGGGAAAGGAUCAGAUAAGGGCAACCAAAAUGAUUAAGGGGUGGAGCAAAUCCCCUAUGAAGAAAGGUUGCAGCCUUUGGGACAUUAUAGUUUAGCUAAAAGACACGCAAGAGUCAACAUGAUAGAAGUUUAUAAAACGGUGCAUGGCAUGGAGGGAGUGGGUUGAGAAACAUGUUUGUCGCUCUCUCCCAACACGAACCUAUGGACAUUCAGUGAAGCUGAAUGCUGGAAGAUUCAGGAUAGAUAAAAGAAAGUCCUCCUUCAUGUUGCUCAUAGUUAAAACUAUGGAACUCCCUCCCACAGGAGGCAGCGAUGGCCACCAACUAGGAUGGCUUUAAAAGAGGAUUACACAAAUUCAUGGAGGAGGAGAGGGCUAUUGAUAGCUUCGAGCCAUGAUAGUUAUGUUCUACUCCAACAGUUGGAGGCAGAACUGCCUCUGAAUACUAGUUGGUGGAAACUGCAGGAAGGAAGACUCUCUUGUGCUCAAAUCCCGCUUGUGGGUUUCCCGCAGGGCUCUCUGUUUGGCCACGGUGAGAACAGGAUGCUGGACUAGAUGGGUCAUUGGUCAGAAAUUAUGGGGGCUGUAGUCCAACAAUGUCUGGAGAGCACCACAAUAGCUCCCUGUUGUCUGAAAAGUAUAGACAGUGCCAACUAAAUCUGUUCAAUGGCUGGCCUGCUUAACAAGGAUUGAGUGCUAGUUGGGUGCUUGGCAUUGCAGAGAAGACGAGGAGUGAUGUGGUCUCUGCUGGAAGGAGAGCUCUGCCUCUGGUGGGCAAGAGGCGGGUGGAGGAGAGAUACCAAACAUGGCAGCGGACAAUAGAGGGGAAAGCAGAAAGUGGGUAUUGUAGAAUUAAGGAGAUGGAGGAGGUUAUUUAUCCACCCAGUGGGUCUUCUGGGAAGGAUGGGGAUUCUGCAGAGCCUGGAGGUUGGAUAUAUUGGCAUUGCUGUCAAAUGCUCCACCAUCAGCAGUGCAUUUAUCCCUUUCUUUGCCUGCUGGCAAACGGUAAACCUGACAUUUGUAGUUUAAGCACUGAUCUCCCUUGAUUCUAUAGAUUUGUGUAAUUAGUUGUCUGUUGCCAAUUCCAGAUCUGUUCAGAACAUUAUUCUGCCUAUGUGCACAAGGUGGGAUUUACCAGGAGAGGUGUCCCUGGCCAAACAAUGGUCUGAAAUGGCUGAUAUGGCUGGUUUAGCCCAGGGAAGCAGUGAAGGUGCCUCAGAGGGUUCCAACUUGGCUUUAGCAAAACCUGUUGGAGGUCCAGGGUCCCUUUCAUAAGCCCAGAUUCCUUGGGGUGGGACUCAUGCUAUCGUGUCCCCUUGUCCACAUAUCUCGGCUAUUCCACAUGUCAUAGGAAGCUGCCUUAUGCUAAGUCAGACCUUUGGUCCACCUAGCUCUGCAUCAUCUACACUGACUGGCAGUGGCUCUCCAGGGUUUCAGGCAGGAUUCUUUCCCUGUCCUACCUGGAGAUGCUGAGGAUUAAACCUGGGACCAUCUGUAUGCAAGGCAGAUGCUCUGUCACUGAGCCCUUCCUGGUUCAUGAGGAGUAUGUGUUCAGGCCAUUUGGUAACAGCCACGGUGGUGGCUAUUGUUCCCGCUCUGAUCAGGGUCCUUCCUUUGUUUUGCAGAGAGAUGCAAAAGGGCAGUACCUCUUCGACCUCCUUUGCCAUCACCUGAACCUGCUGGAGAAGGACUACUUUGGGAUCCGCUACGUGGACCCCGACAAGCAACGGGUGAGUCCUGCGGAAAAGGCCCAGCUUGGUCAGGCUUCAAAGCUUGGAGUGGGAGUUAGCAAGGCCUGGUGCUGCAGUGAAAGCAGAACAAAUAAAUUAUGCAGAAGCAAAAGCACUCUAUGCAAAUUGGCUGGCUUUGCAAAAUUUAUUCAGGGUGCAAAAUCUGACCUCCUUGCUCUGCAGCAUGGGGCUUCUUGGUUGCCUGCCAUUCAACUGUGAGCCAGCCCUUCACUCCAGAGAGAGAAUGCAAAAUGUGGAUACAGCCCCAACUCCUGCUUCCUGACCGUGGGGGUGGGGUGGGGUUGAGGCUGGCUUUGGUUUUUCCAGUUUGGUGCUCUGCUUUCCCCUCUGCAGGGAACCCUUCCCAUUGCUUGUCUUAGUUGUCAGGGUUUAUAUUAUUAAUUACAUUUAUAUCUCACCUUUCUUCCAAGUCACCCAACUUGUUAUUUUUAAAUGAAAAGCAGCCCUGGGGUUGCUGCACAUUUGAGCAGAGAGGAUGCGUACUGUACCCCCCUCCCCACUGGACAUUUUCUUACUUAAAAUCCCCUAAGCUGCUUUCGCAGCAGUGGGGAAAAAGAUAAUUGCAUCUUUGCUUUCAUGGGUGGAAAAACAGUUGAAGGGAUCUCAUUUUGAACAGGAAAAAAAUGGCCCAUGCGGAAAAGGUUUGUGUGCUUAUUUAUUUAAAGCGUUUUACUUAGCUCUGCAUUCAAAAAGGCCCCCAAUAGCAAAUCAGUAAGAAAUGAGACAGACCCUGCCUUCAGGCUUUCAAUCUAAAAGAUGUGAUAUGAAAGGGAAAUGGGAUGAGGAGGGAAGAGGAAAAACCAAUAAACUUAAUCACUGAUUUUUAAAAGUCUCAUAGUGGUUCCAGCUGGGAUGGACACAGUUCAGGGACAGAGGGAAGGAGCCAAAGGGAGCUGGUCUCUAAGCAGAACUGAUACAGUGGCCCUGUUUCCCUUCUCUCUCUCUAUGGCAGCCUGAUGAAAGAACUGCUGAUAGUGACAGCUGAGGGAGAGGAAGAGCCGGACACAGCUGGUCUCUCAGCAAAGCCAGUGGAGUGGUCCUGUUUCCUUCCUUCGGUUGCAGCCUGAUGGAAUGGUUGCUGCUACUGUAGGUGGUAGCUGGGGAGCCAAAGGCUGCUGAUCUUCCAAGAGAUCCAGUGAGGUGGCCAUGCAAAGCUGUGCAUCUUUUCCUCUUGGCCAUUCCUCCAAUCCAAGUUGCAGGCUGCCUCCUUAAAACAACACAACGACCAACCAAAACAUCCCUGUAAGACUGCCCCUGAAACUCACCCUGGUCCAUCUAGGUCAGGACCCUUUGUAAUCCAGUUUGGUUGUCUGCAUGAGGCCCUCCCCACAGGUUUUGUAGCUAGUGCUUUGCUUCCCCCCAUUUUGAAAACUGAUUUCUUCUUCGUUUCAGCACUGGUUGGAAUUCACAAAGUCUGUUGUGAAGCAAAUGCGAUGUAAGUAUUGCCUUGUUAAGAGAGCCGAGACAAUGAAACAGCCCCUGAUGUGAUGGAGGGAGCAGCUUUCGAUUCUACCAAGGGGGUUGGGGUGGCAUGUCUUUUUGUCGCAAAGUGUUUUUGAGGUUUUAUUACAAUCAAGUUGUAUUUACAUUUUGUUGAAUUACUAAAAUAAAAUAGGAGCAAAAGGCUUCUGCACUGGUCUGGAUAGUGCUUUAUGGAGUGACUCCCCUACGAAGAAAGAUUGCAGCAUUUGGAACUUUUUAGUUCAGAGAAAAGGCAAGUGAUAGGUAACAUGGUAGAAGUUUAUAGUUAGGCAUGGUAUGGAGAAAAAGGAUAGAGAAAGAUGUCAUAAGAUUAGAACUCGUGGACAUCCAAUGAAGCUGAAUGUAGGAAGAUUCAGAGCGGAUAAAAAAAAUAACUUCUUCAUGAAGCACAUAAAAGGAAGUAUGUCUUUAUGCAGCACACAGUUAAUGUAUGCAACUCAGGAGGCAGUGAUGACCACCAAGUUGGAUGGCUCUAAAAGAGGAUUAGACCAAUUUCUGGAGGAGAGGGCAACUAGCCACAAUGCCUAUGCUGUGUCUCCAGAGUUGGAGGCAGUAAUGCUUCUGAAUACCAGUUGCUGAAAACCACAGGAGGGGAGAGGGCUCUUGUGCUCGGAUCCUGCUUGCAGAUUUCCCAAGAUGGGCAUCUGUUUGGCCACUGUGAGAACAGGAUGCUGGACUAGAUGGGCCAUUGGCCUAGAUCCACCUUUGGGACUCUACUUGUGCAUGAAUGUCCUCAUGGGACAAACUUUCCUGGUAUUUUCUGAGCACCUUUGGACUUUAGGAGCUACCACACUUGCUUCUAAGGAACUAGUUGAUCCCACUUCCCACACCAUGCAUUAUUCGACUUGACUUUUUCCUGUAUUGGUGUUUUUUUAAACCCACAAACUCUAAACAAAUCUGUCUCUUCCUAAUAACAUCACUUUGCUGCACAGAAGGCUCGUUCUUUCUUCUGCACAUGCGGCCAUGAGUUGUAUGUGCAUUUGUGUCUGUGUCCAAGGGCAAGUUCCUCAUCAUAAGCUUCACCUCUAGUUUCAGCCAUUCAGUUUCCUCAUUAGACAUCUUUUUGGGUGUCCAGUUCCCAGCCUAGGUUUUUCCUUUCUGCUCUUCAGCUCCCAGAGUGGCUUGCAAAUAUCAGUGAAAAGAAACCCUAAGCCCUCUGGCUUACAGUUGAAAAGUUAUGGCACAAAAGGAAAGCGGAUUGAUGGGGAGGAGGAAAUAAGUGCUCUUUCUUAGUACAGAGUUGUUGCAAUGACUUGCUGGAGUGGUCAUUACAAAGAUGAGCUUGCACCAGGAAGAAGAGUGUAUUUGCUCACUGGAAUUUGAGUGUAGCGUUUGGGGUGACGGAGUUAGGGGGACUGCCAAGCUGUGCCUUGUGCCUGGAUCUUGCCUGGAGAGAUAGGCUUCUAACAGGCCAUGGGUGGUGGUGGGGGAGGCUGUUGUUGAUUCUCCAGCUGAUAUGCUAAUCAUGAUGCUGUUCUCUCCUGCAGCACAGCCUCCGUUCACCAUGUGCUUCCGGGUGAAGUUCUACCCUACCGACCCUGCGGCCCUGAAAGAGGAAAUCACCAGGUAAGGCGAGGGGGGGUGCCUCCUUUCGGAAUUUGCCUUCGGCCGAGCUACUCCUCCGGUCGAGCCCUCUGACGGUGAUUAACGACCCGAGCCUUUGAUGACGCUCCAGGCACAUUCCCUCAUUACGCAGAGUAUUCAAGCAUCAGCGAAGGAUAAGAAAUAUGAGCUACAUUGCUAAGAGUUUUAUUUCUAACUACGCAGACAGAAAAGAAAUAUACAUCCUCUCUCUGUGAAAGCAGAGAGGCAACUGGGACAAAGAAACAGGAAACCAGUAAUAUCAACAUCCGUCUCCCGUGAGACUUCCAACAGUCUGGAAUCUCUGGAAUGUAAACACAAGUCUUGUGACUCCAAGCACUGCACAGAGGCACAAAACAGAAAUCCAACACCUCCUACAUCAUUAGGUCUGGCUACAAAAGGAGCUGAUUGUGAUGUGGGGCUGUGGAGGAUCCUUGGGCAUUUUGCAAAGGGGUAGCUUUGCCUCCCCACUUAAAAGACAUAGAAAGUGUAUGCAUAUUGAGACAUUGUGGAGACAUUAGAAUCUGCCCUAUACCCAGUCAGAACUUGGGUCCAUCUAACUUAGUACUGUCGACCCUAGAAGCCUCUAGGGUUUUAGGCAGGGGACCUUCCCAGCCCUGCCUAAAGGGGCUCCUUCUGCAUACAAAGCAGGUGCUGUGCUGCUGAACAACCAACUCUCCCAUCCAAGACCCCUUUAUUUACUGCUGUUUGGUUCACCAAAAGCAGAGUCCCAGGUUUUCCUGAUGUUGCCAUUUUGUAGAAAAAGAGCUUUGUGGAGCCUUGGAAGCAGAUGAUCCACUUAACCGUUUUCCUGAACGCAAAAAAAAUGUUAUUUGACAGUCAGGACACUGUGAUUUCUUUGCAGACUCCCAUUGUGCCAAGUCAGCUUCUCUGAUUGUAAGAGAAGAGCUAUUUAGCUUCUUCUCAAACUGAGAAAUUGUGUGUGGCGAUGAGCUCUUGCUCAUUUGUAUAGCAGGAAACAAAGUCAUGUCUGGGGUUGUAAAGCUGCACUCUGUUUUAUAAAUUGGAAGCCAGGUUUUCUUCUCUGCUCCUCUUAUAUCUCAGUAUUUUUAAAAUCUAGAAAACUAUUCUGAAUUUUCCAAAAAAAUGUAGAGCAUAAUGUUGUUUUUGAUCAAUCUUCACCAACACUUGCUCUCAUUUUUUUAAAAAACAACAACAACUGAAUGCCACUUAAUAUUAAUUUGCAAGAUGUGAUGUUCUGUAACUGUUUCUGGGGGCCCAGAUGUCCUUCUUAAAAGAUGACAGAAGAAUGUUAAGAAUAGUCAUGGUUUUGCUUGAAGGAGGGAAGCAGAAUGCUCAUGAAUCAGUAAUGGCCACCUGUCUCACUCUCCCCUCCACGAUUUCACAGUGUUCUACUGGGCUGGGGCUGCUUCACCUGGCCUCCCCUGACUCUUCCUCCAAAAAAAGCCUCUUGCAAGAUUUAAACUCUCUAAGGUCUUAGUCCAGAAUUAGAAUGCCAUACUUUGGAACAGGGAGUGAUUUAUUUUGGCAGUGCAAAAUGUCCAGUACUGAAUGCCUCAGGGUGAGGCUUUGGCCAGCUGCCCUGGCUCCCAAAUUCGUGGUCCUCCAACAGGGAUGGGUGGAUUCUGUCCUUUCCAGUUUUUCUCAGUUUCUCAUUUUUUCUAGUAUUGCCGCAUCAGUUUUUGAUAUAUAUAUUUUUAAAGGGUAAAUCCGGAUUAAAGCGGUGGCAGAGGGAAUUAUGGGCAUGCGUUUUUAUGCAUGUAGAUACUGCAAAAAACAACAACAGACCUUACAUGAAUGAGGAGCCCCCAUUUCUCAGUAAACAUCUGCCUGGAAGCUCCCUGAGAGUCCCCUGAGGCUGUCUGGUGGGAUAUGGGCACGCUCAAUCCUCAUUUUAAUCAGCCUUUCUGUAGGGCUGUAGCCAAAAAGGGUGUGGAGGGGGUGCUUGGAGUCUCACCAGAGAACUGCUAUUGAAUUGCUACUCCUUUGUUUUCAAUGACUGCACAUAAUGCUCACUGAGCAAGUGCAAGGUUCUGUAAGUCAUAUACAUGGAAAAUUUGUGGAAGUUUCUGGAAAGGUCUUUUACCUGGGUGCAUUGAGAAGGUGGCUUUUUGCAGAUGCUCACCAUCAUGAUCAGAGUUGGAGCCUUGGCUUUGCUUCCCUUUCCCCCUUGCCAAGAAUCAGAGCUGCAGGCAAAAGCCUAUUUUGUUCUGGUGAGGCUUGGUUGGGGCAGCUUGCAGCCAGUGCAAGUGUAGAAAACAUGGAUUUUGGCCAUUUCAGGUGGUCUGUAAACGCAUUAUCAGAUGGAAGGAUGAGGCGGCCUGGUGAACAGUGAAGUUGAUGAGUGUAGUGGUUCAAGGGGUUGCUCGUGCGUAAGCCAGUGCCCACACCUGGCUGGGUUGCCUAAGUGAACCUUUUCUGUCUGGACAGCCACUCACCCGUGGCUGUCUCAAUCGCUGGCAGAAUCGGUCAGUGGGCGUUUCUUAAACUUCUUCCAGCAAAGAAGUUCUUUUACGCCCAGUCUCCUCCUACUUUCCCUGCGCGGAAGCCUUCUGCGCAAGGAAGGCGUAGGCAGCGGAGGACCCUUCCUCCCCCUGCUGGUCCCAGGCAAGGAGUCAUGUGACUCCCUCUCAGAUUCCACAUCUGCCCCCCUUCUCCACUGGAGCUGAGCUGAUUCCCUUCCCCAGAAGAUGGGCUGCCUCUCCCAAUCCCGUGACGCUCUCUGGGAUCCCUCUGGAGCUCUCUCUCUCCCUCCGGCACUGAUGGCAGUUCCCUGACAAUGAGCUUAGCUUUUUCCUCCCCAAAACAGCUGCCAGGAAGAUCUGAGCUAUUGACAGUAUGUCGGUGUCCACCUCUGGCUUGGGUCGGUUAAUUUGGGGAUCUAAUCGGGGUUGAAAUUUGCUCACUACUAGUGACACAGGGGCACAGGGAGUAAAGCAUAACGAGUUAGCUCCACACUCAAGGUUAUAACAAAUCAAUGUGUUUAUUGUUGUACAAUGCUCCAAUUAAUCAAUGUGUUUAUUGUUGUACAAUGCUCCAAUUAAAAAAGUUUAUUUCCUUUCCCAACUGAAGAUUUGGUUUCCUAGCCUCCACAGCCCAUCUGCUGGUGAAACAUAAUUUCUAAAUUCCAUAGUUCAUUUCUAAUCUAUGUUAUUUUGUAGUUUACUGGGCACUUUGAGAUAAUGUCCUGCUUUACCCAAACAGCUGGGAUGGAGCAGGUAAAUAAAAGAUGAGGCAGGAGCAAGGGAAGGAGGAAGGAAGGAAAGAAAGAAAAUGAUGCUCUAUCUUUCAUCAUGAUCAGGAACUGGACCAGGAGAAGAUUAGUUACCUAGGUGAGCCCAAGUGGGAUGCAGGCUGUGGAUUACCAAAACGUAUCUGGGGGAGCUCAGUGUGGUACACAUGGUUCUUUUCUUCCCCAUUUAAUCUUCACAACAGGCCUGUGAAGUAGGUUAGGCUGAGAGGGAGUGACUGGCCCAAGGCCACCCAGUGAGCUUCAUGACCAAGUGGGGAUUUGAACCCUGGUCUCUCGGGUGGCGCUGUGGGUUAAACCACAGAGCCUAGGACUUGCCGAUCAGAAGGUCAGCGGUUCGAAUCCCCACGACGGGGUGAGCUCCCGUUGCUCAGUCCCAGCUCCUGCCAACCUAGCAGUUCGAAAGCACGUCAAAGUGCAAGUAGAUAAAUAGAUACCACUCCAGCGGGAAGGUAAACGGCAUUUCCGUGCGCUGCUCUGGUUUGCCAGAAGUGGCUUAGUCAUGCUGGCCACAUGACCCGGAAGCUGUACACUGGCUCCCUCGGCAAAUAAAGCAAGAUGAUCACCACAACCCCAGAGUCAGUCACGACUGGACCUAAUGGUCCGGGGUCCUUUUACCUUUACCUUUACUCUCAAAUUCUAGUCUGACAUUCUAACUACUGCACCACUCUGGCUGUCAGUAUUUUACUGGUGCUAUGGUGUUCCCUUCAAUAGUAGCAUCAUCCAAGAUGCCACACAACUGUUACCUAGAGUCAGCAAAAAAAAAAAAGGCAAGCAACCUGUACAAAGUAGUGCAGAGUUUUGUUUUUUCAUUCUUCUCAUCAAUUUUAGUCCACCAUGGCUGCUCAUCUAUUGCAACUGAUGGUUCUGCAAGCCUAACCGAGUGCAGAAUAACAGGGUACAAUCUGGGUGGUGGCAGCUCAGUUUGGGUGCUUAUUUGGAAAAAGUGCACAACGCCCUUCUCCUUGGAAUCUGCCAGGAUGCAUCCCAGGCUUCCAAGUCACCCUCACAGCUGCCCUGUUUGAUUUGCAGAUUUUAUGGUAAAUGCUUCUUUCAGCAACAGCUGCAUUGUGCAUCCAUUAGGCCUGAAUUUGAAUGUGGAAUGGCCAGUAGGAUGUAUGGCUGGCAUUAUGUCCAUGGUUGAUACGGUAAUCAGGACUGCUGAGAGGUCAGUGCCUUGACAGUCAUCAGAGAUAAUAAGGCAAAUUGAAAUCCCAUCCAGAAAUAUAUUUGGGGAGGCAAUGGAAACCCAACCACUUCAGGUCAUCAAAACAAAUCCUUGCAAUCCCAGAAUUUGCAGAGGAAGAGGCUGAGUUGCUGCAGGUGGGGGCUGGAGCCAGUUGCUGCCCUGGCUCCCGGAUAAUCUGGCUUUACAUAUUUUCUGGCUGCCUGGCCCCCUCUCUUGGCAUAUCUCCCUCGUGCAGGUGAAGAAUUAGAUUACUUUCUCUGUCCCUGCAACCCAGCAAUUUCUGCUUUUCAUAGCCAGGAGAUUUUAAAUGGGGGCAAACCUAAUUUUAGCUGGCAUGUCUGUAAGCUAAUUCAUGUCGUCUCUCAAAUCUUCUGGGUUGGAAAGUCAGAGCAUGUAACAAAUGAGAAAGUAGGAAUCAAAAUGGUUAACUGCCUGGCCGCUGGUGAGUCAGUUCAUUUCAGCUGAAAAAUAUGUCAUUUCUUAAUAUCUCCAGUGAAAGUAAAUCCAAGAGUUUCUUAAUUCGGGUUUAUUGAAGAAAGAUGAUCAUUUCUGCUUGCUAAAGAUGCAGGCAAACUCUUUAUUUUCUGGAACGCUUCAAAUCAAAAGGGAAAAUGGCACAACUGAGCACUGAUUUCACUAGGGCAAAGUAAAACUUCUCAUUUUAAUAAGCAAAUGAAAUUAAAGUGAUCAGUGCUUCUGAAAAGGUUGGACAGCAAUCAGGUGCUCAGAGGAGGAACGGCUCUUUGGGGAAAUGGAUUUGAGCACCCUAGGGGGCCCCCUUUGCUUCUGCCUUGACUAGUGUGGCUCAAUAUUCCAUUGCAAAAGUGCAGGAAUAGAACAGUGUGCAUCCAACUGUGCACAGACCUAUCCUGCCUCCCAGUUGUUGAAGAACAAGAACAAAGAAAGAUUCUUUCUAAAGGCAGGGUGGUCCAACACGCAGCCCCCGAGGCCAAUCUUGGUGGCUUUCCAGCCCCCCCACCCUCUACCUCAUCCAGGGCAACACAGCCAGGCUGGGGGAGACAGCAGUGAGUGUGUGUGCUGCCGCUGAAGGCAGGCUGCUACGGCUGCUGUUCCUCCUCCGCUGUUGCAGGAGCUCUGUGAAGCCACCAGGCUGUGCUCUCGAGCCCACUCAGAGUGUGGCUGCAUCACCAGACUGACAGGGUUCUGGAGCACUGGAGCUUCCCAGGAUGUGGGCAGUACAGAGAAGAAGCGUGGUGUGUGUGUGUGUUUCAGUAUGGAAUACUUCGCUUUCUUUCUUGCAAUACAGAGAGGUCUGAGCUUUGGGGUGCACCAAUUGGUGGGGGAGAGAAAGGAAUUUUGGUGCCGAGAAACAUGGGGUAGGUCUGUGAACAAGCAUUUUCAAACAUGAACUUCAUAAAGUCCAAAACUCUAUAAACAACUUAGCAAGACAAUUCACUCAAGAUUUGCCUGUGGAUGUCAACAACGAACCUCAAGGCGGACAUUGAUCAACAUGUGAAGAAUUCUCUAAUUCGGGCAUCCCACUGAUGUCUGCAUUGUUAACAAAAAUGCAUGCAUCUGUUUGCGUAUUAAAUCUGUUUAAUAAAUAAGGGUUUUAAAUCUAUUAGUUUUUGUAUCUAAUUAAAUCUAUUGUUCUAUUUAAAUAUAUAUGUUUAAUUAAAUACAUUAAUUGUGUAUGUAUAUAUUUUUUUAAAAAACUAUAUUGCAAACACUUUAAUUUACGAUAUGGAAAUUUAAUUCAGUGUGUGGCUGCUGGGUUCUCUGUCAAAGCGCUCUUGCAGCCCAUUUGGUCUGGGAGGUUGGACUGCCCUGCUUUAAUGCUUAGAUUGGUGCAAUCUAUAUGCAAAUUGCUGAGGCACAGUGGGCAAUACAGAGUUUUGUACAGAUGCAUAAAGGCAGGUGAUCUAACUACCCAAAUUUCUCCCAUGGCCACCAACCUUGGAUGGCUUUAAAAGAUCAAAUGAAUUCAUGGAGGGGGAUAUGGGUGUCAUUGGCUUCAAGCCACAAUAGCUAUGCUCUGCCUCCAUGGUUGGAGACAGCGAUGCUUCUGAUUAUCAGCUGCUGGAAACUGCAGGAGGGGAGAGGGCUGUUGCACCCAAGUCCUCAUUGCAGUCUUCCCUUUGGGGGCAUCUGGCUGGCCACUGUGAAAACCUUUCUUCUGUUCUUUAUCUCUGCAAGUGGAACAAAUGGGAGAAGCCUUGCUAUGAAGCCCUGCUCCUUGUAAGAACUGUGUAGCAGAAGCUACUCUAGGUUGGGUCUAAUGAGAGGCGUCACUGACUCCCUGUUUGCUGUGGUUCUCUUGUCAGGUAUCUCGUCUUCUUGCAGAUCAAAAGAGAUCUCUAUCACGGCCGCCUCCUGUGCAAGACAUCAGACGCUGCUCUGUUAGCUGCCUACAUCCUUCAAGGUAAUGCCUUUUGGCAAGGUACAUUUGCUUUCCAUGAUAAGUACUGAUGGCAUAAUUUCAUCUACAAGGGCACCGCGCAUAGGAAUACCAUAUGGCUGCUGUCUUGGGCUCCUGCUUCUGGGCUGCUCUGCCAUCCACGGCAGGGAUUGAUGGAAUCCUAUACAUCCCAUAUUGAUGGCUACUAGCCAUGAUGGAUGUUAUGUUCUGCCUCCACAGCUGGAAGCAGCAAUGCUUCUGAAUACCAAUUUCUGGAAGCCGCAGGAGGGGAGAGUGCUCUUGUAGUCGAAUCCUGUUUGUGAGUUUCCCACAGGCAUCUGGCUGGCCGCUGUGAGAACAGGAUGCUGGAUUAGAUGGGUCAAUGGCCUGAUCCAGCCAGGCUCUUCUUGAGAGCACCAGCUUGGGGAAGGCUGUGGCAUUUAGUGCUCUCUGACUUGACUUGCUCCAUAUACUGAAAGGGAACAGAGCAGCCCUUGCCUGGGCCUGUGGCUGAGUCCUCUCUCUCUCUCUCUCUCUCCUGUCCUUCAGCGGAGAUUGGCGACUAUGACCCUGGAAAGCACCCUGAGGGCUACAGCUCAAAGUUCCAGUUCUUUCCCAAGCAUUCAGAAAAGCUGGAAAGGAAGAUUGCAGAGAUCCACAAGAUUGAGCUCAGGUGACCUUCCAGCUCUGUGCUUAGUCCAGAUCCUUACUUGGGGGCAGGGGGUGGGUACGCAAUCCAUUCUUAGGUCUGCAGUGAAAAUCAUGUGGACACAAAUCUGCCCUGAGAUGGGACAUGCCUGGGGGUGAGGGCAUUAGGCGGGGUGGGGUGGGGGGUGAGUAGUGCCCAUCCACUUAGGCUGCUCCUUCUGAGCUGUCCCUGCUCCGCUAGCCAUCCAAGUCAGAAAUUAUUCAUUUAUUUAUAUAUUAGGUUUAUUAGUUGCCAUGUGUUGAUGAAGUAAAAGCCAUCAAACAAUCCCAACAUAAUAAAUGCAGCUGUUAAUAACUAGAACACAAAGACUUAAGUAAAGUUUUAUAAAAGAAAAUUAGGCCAGUUUGCAUAAGCAUUUGCAGCAGCCCAGAGGGUCUUAGAUGCAGUUGGCCUAGCAGGGCUCACUCUCCUAGCUGGGAUUCCUCAGCUGACCCUUUGGGUCCUUUCCAACUCUACAAUUCUGGGAUGCUUCCAAUGCACUGUGGAUGGGACCCCCACACUGGCAAAAGGGAAAGGCCACAGGCAGACGACAGAGGUCAGGCCAAGGCAGCAACCCAGAUGGGUACCCUGGGACUUCCUAAGGGUUGCACCUUGUUCUUUAACAGCUGUGUGACAGGCAGAAAUUCAACAGGCACCAUAUGGCUAAGAUGUGAACUUUUCCUUUUCUCCUCAUUUCAUUUCAACGAUUUGUAUACUACUUCUCUUUACCUAUGAAUGUAAACAGGGCAUGUUUUGAUUCAAGUUGAUUGCCCCCAUUUCUCUCUCCCCCCCCCCUCUCUUCCAGUGGUCAGACACCAGCUACUUCAGAGCUAAACUUUUUAAGGAAAGCUCAGACCCUGGAGACGUACGGAGUUGACCCACAUCCGUGUAAGGUACAAAGCAGCAACCUCCCUGACACUUGGCGGUGCCUUAGGGAGAUCUCUUGUAGGAUUUCAGUCACUUCUACAUGGAGCUGUUUUCUAGACGUUAACUGGCCUUGCAGGUCAGUAACGGAGGAAGUAGCUGCUUCAAACACAUACCAGUUGGCCAUGCAACCAGAGAGUAAAAUAAACUACAAUUUGGUGGCUGUAUCCAUCUUCCUUUGAAGGAAGUACUCUAGGCCCAGUACUAAUGGAGACCAGCCCAUGGACAGUUUGGAGACCAUAGGAAGCUGCCUUAAGUAGAAUCAGACCCUUUCUCCAUCCCACUCAGUACCAUCUAUAGCGAUUGACAGUAGCUCUCCAGGGUUUCAGGCAGGGGUCUUUCAUUCUCUUUCACCUUAUCUGGAGAUGCUGUCAGGAACUGGACCUGGGAUGUCCCACAUACAAAGCAGAUGCCCUUUCCCUCUAGCUUUGACUUGCAAUGAGAUGGUUUUGUAAAACUUCUAUACUUGGUGGUUGUUGCUUUUGGUCUUCGAUCAAGCAUUCAGGGCAGCCAGCAAUAAAGUCUAAUGUUACAAUAUCCCCCAAUUCAAGCAUUCCACAAUUCAGCAAAACGAGUUGCAAUCAGCCUGAGGAUAGAAUAUUAACAAUGGCACAAAGACAGUCAUAAUUUGCAUGGCUCUUCACUUUCACCUAACCGGUGUCAUGCCUCCCUUUCCUGUUCCUACUGCUGCCCUCCUAGGGAGCGAUCUUCAUCUUUAGAAGAAACUACCAGUUCAUUUAAUUAGGCUGAGCAGGGCAAAGCACUAAUUUAUCCCCAGGGGGCCCUGGCAGGCCUCUCUGUGGAAGGUGGCUGCGAUUCAGAUGGGGGUGGGUGGAUGUGAUGAACGCAAAGUGGGUGCCACAGGUUCUGCCACAAUGGGGGGGGGGGCGAGGGCAGGGAUGCCAAGAGCAGGUUGUGGGGUCCCCCCAGCAAGGGCAGACAGGCUAAAAAGAUUUACAUAGAGUGUGAAAUAAAAGUGUGGUCUCAUUUUUUAUGGUAAUAAUAUGGUAAUAGUCGUGUCCGUUGAAAAUACUAAGAUCUUAAUGACUAUUAUCAAUAAUAGAAGCACCCAGACCAUCGUUGCUGAGCUAACCAGACACUUUGAACGUUAAACAUGUACAUGCAGCACAACACAAUGAGCACCACACAACUUUUUUGUAUUUGCACUUAUGAAAACAUACGAAUGUGACUGUGUUUAAUAAGAUGAGGCUACGCUGUCGUACUGUCAAAGUGCAAAUGUUCGUAGAGAGUCAGAAAUGCUCAGGUCACAACAGAAGUUUGCAAAGGCGCUAUUUAGAAUUGUGCAUGCAUUGAACACGAAAUAUGUAUUUUGUUAAGAAUUGCACAAAACAUAUGCAAGAUAGUUGGGGCCCCUUUUGGACUGCUGGGCCCCAGUAAUUUGUACCAGUUUCUCCCCAUACACACUCCCCUUGUCAGCCCUGGAGGAGGGGUCUGUGCUUGGUAGGCUGUGUGCUCCAAUGCAGCAAGCCCAGAGAAUUGCCACCAACUCCCCCCAACUUGCUCCUUGGCAUGCUGAAAGCUGUGCACUGGUCUGAUUCUAACAUAAUCCCCCCCCCCCCCCCGCAAAACACACACACACUAUUUACGUGUCCGUGAAGGAAUUCCCUUGCAAAAGACAGAUGAGUCAACUUCAAGGGAUCUAAAUUUUCCAUUCAUUUUCAUUUCUGUAUUGGCCACAGGUCACUAGAAAGAUGAGAAAAUGAAGUACAUUAAAUGAUUAUUAAUGGAACCAUCUCUUUGCAGAGUGUUGCAAUAGGCAUGAGAUAGGACAAACAGCCACUACCAUGAUCAUAGGAAGAUUUUGUGCCGUGAAAUUCAGUAAAAGCUGCAAAAGCUGCUGGUUUAAAGAGGUACUUCUAGACACCUGUUUGCUAAGAAAAAAGCUAAUGUUUUGACGGUCUGGCCCAUCUUCCUCACCUUGAUAGCAAAUGGUGUUAGAAAUUUAGCUCUAAUUCAUAAAUAAAUUCAGCAUUUGAAAAGGUAACGCAUAAGAGCCUCAGUUUGUCCCAUUGUAGGAAGAUAAUCAGGUGUCAUGAAAUAACUGGGUGCAUCCUACUUCCAAAACAACUGCUAGGGUCAGAUUACACUUUAGCCAACUAACAAGCCUGACAAUACGAAUUCUCGCAUCACAGUUGUUUCCCCCCCCCAAAGGUUUCUUUCUAGCCAGUCUUUUGAUUUCACAACCCCUGUGGGUUCCUGGCCCUGGUCUGGAGCCAGAGGCGAGUGGAUGGACCAAGUCUGAGGCUUUCUGUGCCAACAUCUAAAGAGCUGGACCAGGCUCCUCAUCCUGAUACUCGGACCAAGGAGGCUGGUUGUCAGGAGUAAAGAGCCUGCGGAACCCUUGUGGGCGCCUUCCUCUCAGCCUGAGGAAUUGGGUGCCUCCCACACUACCCUCCCACGCCUGCUCAGUCAUGCAGGGAAUGUGGCUAAUGAGAGGCCACAGAGAAGUGCCCACCUCCAGGCCAGGGGGUUUGUCCUUUAACAAUCUCCACCCUUCAAGCAAGUGGGUGAGCUGGAGGGAAAGCCUCAGGGAGGCCCCAGUUCUUCUCUGACAAAGGCUGGGGUUGCUCCCAAUAAUGUCUCUAUCCAGGGCCAGUCCUACCAUGAGGCAAAGGGAGGCAGCUGCCUUGGGUGGCAAACGCUACAGGGAUGUGUGCCACGUGGCACUCUGGUGUCCUAUUGCCAACAUUGAAGGUCAACUGCCUGAGCGGUUGGCUUUCCUGCUUGGAAUUGAGGAAGGUGCCAUUUUGUCCUUGCCUCAGGUGGCAAAAUCUCUUGGGCUGGCCCUGUGUGAAUUCUCCAGCCUGCCUUAAGAGUUGUGUCUCAUGGCUAGAGAGACAUCAGAACAAAAAGGGACUUGCAAGAUACAGAAUCAUAAAAUUGCAGAGUUGAAAGGAACCCCGAGGGUCACCUGGUCCAACCCCAAGCUUCAAUGCAGGAAACACAGAUAAAGAAUUCCUGACAGAUGGCCAUCCAACCUCUGUAUGAAAACCUCCCGUGAGGUUCUAACUAUUAAAAACAGAGCAAUUAACUUGUCUCCAGGGUGGUCAAGAGGUUAUUAGACUUUGGGGCAGGAUCCUUGGCUGGCUGGGCUGGAGGGAGCAAAGAAUAUGACCUGAUAUACAGUAAAUGAUGUGAAGAAAUGAUGGAUAAAGUUAUUUUGGAAACCAGGAACACGAUCCAAGGCACUGAGGCUGUUAAAUCUUCUGAAAGGGCAGGUGAGGAACUUGCCACUCCUCCCCAUGUUCAAGAGGAGAGACGUGGGCUCUGCUUUCGUCCCUGAUUCAUUUCUCUGCUGCUGAAAAAGAUUUUCACAGCACAGGCCUCUUGUCAGCUCUUUCCUACACAACAGCUUCUUUUGCCAGUAGAUGCGAGUGGAGGUUGUCCUACAAGCCUUACUGGCUCUGCGCUGUGUGACGAGAAGUUAUCGCUCUCUUGCAGGAUGUGUCUGGAAAUGCUGCUUUUUUGGCCUUCACCCCAUUUGGGUUUGUUGUCCUGCAAGGAAACAAGCGAGUCCACUUCAUCAAAUGGUGAGUUCUGCUCUGGAAACCCCAGUUCUACCAUUCCUUUUUGGGUGGCAGUGGAAGCUUUCUCUGAUAUCACCCUACUGCCCCUCAUUUACCCCCUUUGGUGCAGAACAGAGACCCGCUGACCAAGACAGGAUCUGACCUUCUAGUUGGCUUGGUAUCCCACUUUUGCUCUGCUCUGCCCCUUUUGUUCAGAGGCUGGAAGGCCUUCACAGCCAACUGGUGUGUUUUGACAGGGCGUUGCUUCUAAUGUGGGGGUUCGAGCUUCAGGUUUUGAGCCUUCCUUGUUUCCUCUUCUUCCUCGUCAGAUUUAGCAUUCAUUCAUUCUCCUGGAACCCAUGACUAAAUUCUACAGCUGGAACUGAGCUGGAACUCACACUCACACACAAACUAAUUGUUUGUCUAAUUCUUGUCCCAGACAAGUACCAUUUGCAUUUCACUUAGUGGAGAGUGCAACUGGUGACUUUAAAAAAGGUGAAUCGGGGCCAGAACUGCAGCCCCCAGAACAUGUGUGGGAGGAGAGGCAUGCUACUGCUUCUGCUCUACAUGGACAACCCAGCUUCCACUGGGCACAAAUACUUAGCAACCCAGCAUGCAGCUGCUUCCCGCUAAACAAUGCAAUAGGGGCAGAGGGUAGGGAGCUGACUUAGCUGGGAGUUGGGGAUGAUACCUGAAAUGCAAGGAAAUAAUUUCAGAUAUACCAUAUUGGCCUGAAUAAAAGCCGCAACUGCAAAUAAGCCACACCUUUAAAAUUUGGGGGGGGGGGAGAAUACCCAAAUAUAAGCCACUUCCUUAAAAUUCCACAGGCACUCACACCCACAAAUGGCAAAUGUUCCGUUUUACUGUAUGUCUGUUUCGGCAGCGAUAUCAUAAAAGCCAGUUUUUGUAAGCUCGCGAAUUUAAGCCGCACUUUAACUUUUCAUGGUCAGAAUUUGGGGGGGGGGGAGUGUAGCUUAUAUUCAGGCCAAUACGGUAGCAGGUUUUGGUCCCACCUGCUUCUACUGGACGCUGUGUUCCUGAUGGCCUCUCUCAAGUCAUGAUUAUAUUGGAAGACACUUGCCAAGGAUCCACCUGUUCCCCAAGGGUAGCAGUUGGGUCCCCUUGACCUUCUUGGGGAUCAUGUGGUUAAAAGCAAAUGGGCAGUCAGCCGGAUAUGAGACAAUGCGGCAAGUCAUCCUUUUUAUUGGGACAACAGAGAUGUAAAGGGUACUAUUAAUUUUACAUAUAACGUACAAGUAUUUUGUUCUGAAAAAUCUGGGGAAUUUUCAGAAGUGCAGCUUUGAAUUUGUGAAACUUCUCUCAGUCUAGUGUUGAGUGGUCACCUGUGCAGUCCCACCUAUCUCUGGGUUCCUCACCUGCCCUGUGUCAUUCUCUAGGAACAUCCCAAAGCUCUUUCCAGGGAGUUGGAGCAGCAGGACUUUUUGACUUGUGCACUUAUAUCAAGGGGGGCAGGAUUAGCACCUUCACACCCAUUUCCUUGCAAGGCAUCCACUCUAAAGUCAGAGGACCUGUAGUAGGGAAGGAAGUUGGGUUGUGAGUGCACAGGUGACCACAUUAAGUAUUUCAGUGACAGGUAAAUAACCAGCUCUGUGCAGUGUCACACCUAGGCAACUAGCAAUCUGAUGUACCUGGAAGAGAAUCCUGGUGUCCUCGUGCAAUGAGGUUGUGGAGGGCUGUCUGCAACCCUGGAAGCUGUGUUUGGCCUUGAGCUACACACUGUCACUCCAGACUUUAUUAUGGCUAGUGAAAAUGGCUGCUAGGCAUUUUGUUCCAGGAAAAGCUUUAGGCAAGCCAUUAGCAUGCAGCACUUGGGACAUCUGCCCAAUCUGUGUCCUAUUAGCACCACAUUAUUGCUCUCAGAGCUAGCAGCAACAACACUUCAUUUUUGGAAGUGGAAAGCCAAAAUCUUGUCAUUCUGCAAAACCCAAGCCUACUUGUUCUUUUUGCCUUAGGAUCCCCCACCCUCCACCAGUUAUCCUUCCCAGAAUUUAUCCCCUUGUUUAAAGAUUGUGGACAUUGCAUUUUAGCUGCUGGAGGGAAUGUGCUUUGGCAGUCAGUGGACGCAACCCAAGGAGCUGUGUCCCUUGCUUAUUGAAAGCAUAUUAUGUUUCUCUAAGAGAGUUCCUGGUAAUUAGGGACCUAGUUGAUGGGUACUAAGGCUCAGAGUUGUUCAGGUUUUUUGUUAUCUCUGAAAUUACCAGUGGCUAUUUCCAAAGAAGUCAUUUACUCACCAGGGUCAAAUUUCUCUCCUUAUAAAGGACCAAGACACCCUGAAAGCUGUCCUUGCCCCGAAGGUAGAUAGCUGGACAGGGCAAUACAUAGGAGCAGCAUUCCUUGGAGCAACUCAAUAAUGCGCAAUACUGUUCAUUUCCUUAAGAUCUUUCCUUUGUGGUUAUUUCUGUAGUUUUUUAAAUAUGCAAAAUGCUUCAUCUGGAAUUCCCAAGACAGAUUGUUCACCUAUUAGCUCUGAUGUCUUUAUGAACCAGUUUUCACCUGGGCCUUCGAUCCUACUGUUGCCAUGCAAAAAAAUGGCCAUGCAGUGAUGCAAGAUUCUUGUUCCUGCCCUCCUUCUCCUCCGAUGAGAUAGUUUUUCAUCUACCUACCUAGUAAGAAAGCAUGAUCCAUGGUGUUUUGUACAGAACGCCCAUAACUAAUCAGAGAAUCCGUCCUCCAAAAAAGCCCCUGUGGGUUUUCCAUGCUGGAUAAUCUCCCCUGAAAUUCCCAGUGCAGAAAAGAAUGACAUUCUCUCCCCCCCCCCCGCCAUGCCUAUUGGGGGCUCCUCCCAUCCUCAGCUGUGUUUUGUCACAAGGGGCACGAGUGCCUCUUUCCCCACCCCCCACCCCGCUGCUCAGGGCACAAGAAGCAGAGCUGUGAUCUGGUCCAUGCAAUGUAGUUAGUGUCACUUCUUCUUCUCUUGCUUUGUAUUGUAUCCCGUUGUUGAUGUACCCCAGUAUCCUGUUUGCCUUUUUUACUGCAGCCACACACUGGGCUGAUGGCUUCAAGGAUUUUUCUACAAUAACCCCUAAACCCCUUUCCUGGUCAGUACGCUGCAUGACUGUUCCAUGUAAUCUGUACUCUCAAUAUUUGGUUUGUUGCCCCAAAAUGUAUUAUUUUGUACAUCUGUCUGCAUUAAACUGCAUUGUCCAUGUUUAUUGGCACAGUCACCUAAAAGCCCCUCCAGACCCUGCUCCAGACCUGGUCGCAUUGUUGCUCAUCCUUUUGCUGUAUCUCAGAUUUUGGCCUCAUCAGCUAAGUGUGGUUAUCUUACAUUUGGUAUUCUCAUCCAGAUAUGCACCUGUUUUAAUAAAGCAAAAGUUUGCAAGGUGGCUCCUGGACACCCCCCACUUAAGACUCACCUUUUUGCGCUGAGAUUCCUCUCUCACCUCAGCCACUGUUUUUGAGCCAGGAGUCCUCUUCUCUAACCAUGUUACACUUUGGAUGAACUGCAAAUGUUGGACUUGAAACUCCUGCCACUGCUGCCCUCUAAAACAUUUUGUUUCUUGACUUUGCGUUUCAUGCAAACAAUUUGGUUUUCAAUUUCUGCAUCUUGCCGGAAUCUAUUCCACGCUGUGUGUGGGCUCUGCAUUCGUAAUGCUGUGCGAUGGGAGGCAGGCUGCGUCCUCUGGUUUACGCAAGUGCCUUUUUUGUGCUUGUAGGAACGAAGUGACAAAAAUGAAAUUCGAAGGCAAGACGUUCUAUUUAUAUGUAAGUCAGAAAGAGGUGAGUACCUUCUUCAGCCGCUGUAACUGUGUAGGUAUAGUUUUUGCCUCUGUUCCAAGAGAUGCAAUGUUUAGGAUUCCUGACUGUUUCUGGCCACACUCCAUCCUGAAGCACCACAUAUAUUGAGAGGCAUGGCUAAGUUUAAGGAUGCUCAAUCUAAUACUUACUGGCCUUAUAAUAACUUCUAUUAGGUAUCCUUAAGGGUCAGGUGCAUUUGCAAAGGUAGCACUGUUGGUAUUGCCAGGAGGAAAGUCGAAUCCUGCCAUUAUUUCUGACAGUGGAAACAAACAGCCAGAGCCUUCUGUGCAAGACUCCUCACAAACAGCAUUGCAAUCUCAUCCACUGUUUACGUGGCCCAAGUAAAAAUCGCACCACCACUUGUAGUAUGCCAUCGCCAUCUUAUGCUGAGCGGUUUCCAGGUUUUGCAGGGUGCGUGAUGCUGCUUAUAGAGCCACAUAUAUUUAUUUAUGGAAAGCAAACCCACAGCUCCUUCAGGGAAAUUGCUUUCCCAUCCUUCUUCCGUUCAAAUAGCAUUCGGGGCAUUUGCAUUUAAAGCUAACUCACUGAGCAUGCUGUCUGUGAACCAAGCUUGUGAAUUAACCUUACGGGUUUUUUCCCCCUGGGCUUUCUAUAGGAAAAGAAAAUAGUUCUGACAUAUUUUGCUCCAACUCCUGAAGCCUGCAAGCACCUCUGGAAAUGUGGGAUUGAAAAUCAAGCCUUUUAUAAGUAAGCAUGAAAUAAAUUUCCCCAGGAUUAAUUUUGUCCGUGGGACAGUUGUGAUCAUUCCCAGCAGCCGCUGACAGUGUCGGGUCUGGAUGUGGAAACAUGCCUGGGCAAACUGUGUGUAUGUGGGGGGGCUGCUCUCUGAAUCUGGAUUGCCCCCCCUCCUUUCUGCAAAAAACAACAACACCAAAGCUACUUGCAGGAAGGGAUCAGGGCUGCUUUCCUGCCAGCUUCCUUUUCACUUCUGCCUAGGCCACCCCACUUUUAGCUGCAGUUUGGAUCUAGGACAAGGUGUAGGCUGACUGGGUGCUGCAAGAAUAUCUUGGCCCCAGAAAGUUUCUGACCAGCAACUGAACAGCCAGCUUGAGAAGUAACUAAGGAACAAUGGGCCAGAAACAUGGACUAUUUGUGAAGAGGCAUUUCAUCUCUGGUAGCCCCCAAACAGAAUCCUUUGUUCUCUCCCUCUAAUUUGGUGUUUUGCUUAUAAAAUAGAAGGUUGCUUUCUCUAGUGUGCUUCCUUGUAGUCGGUGGGCUGCAAGAAAAUGUGUGCUGCUUUGUUCUGUUUGGGUAAGCUGCAAUCAGGCCGUCUCAUUUCUCAUUAUAUUAACAUGAAGCACAGCUGCCGUUUUGCUUCACAAAUCUUUUUGCUUCUUUUCCAGAUGAAUAGCAGCACUGGUACAUUGUCUUCUGCUUAUGCAUCCCCAGAAACCAGAUGAUGGAUGCAAUUAAGACCGCUCUGUUCUAUCCUUGAUCCCCUCUAUACAGAACCAGUGCCUCACCCAAAGCACCCCUCCUAAAGAUUCUAGGCUAGGGGCUCUUCCAGACAACCUGUUUGUUGAGCUAAAAUGUGUGUGGAAGUUUAUACAACACCCACUGUGAGCAUUCACUCUCUGUUUGUGUGGAGGUUGUAUGAUGCUAUGUGAUGUCCCACUUAACCCACACUUUCCAGUGCAUUUUCUCAAAACUCCUUACCACCACCCCCAGAAGCUGGGUUUGCUUUGUAACAGCACAAAAUCUACUUUAAUUACAUGACUGAAAUUUACUUGUGUACCUGCAAAAUAGUGGCAGUGUGGAAGCAGCCAGAACCCAUAUCCUUAUCUAAAAAGCAAGCCCAUUCCUCCUCCUAGUGAAGUAGCCCAACCAGUGUUGGGAUUGCUGAUCAGCUCCAGCAGUUUGGCAGCAGUGAGGUGUCAACCCCAAGCCUCCUGUGCACUCCCAGUUACUUCUAGGUGAGGAAGAUUGGGCGGAAUGUUUUUCUAGCCGAUAAUGUUCCAUUGCGGAUCUCACUGAAGGAGAGACAUUUGCAUUUGCUUUACCACACUGGAUCAGUUUGCACCUCUUUCUCCUCUGCAGCUAAGUUACCUCACUCUCUGAAAUUGAGUCUGAAAUUCAGACAUGAGUCUGAAAUUCAUGCAUAGGCACUGCAGGGUGGGCAACAAGUGCAGUGGCUACUAGCCAUGAUGGCUGUGCUCUGCCUCCACACUUGGAAAUGGCAAUGCUUCUGAAUGUUGGUUGCUGGGAACAUCAGGAGAGGGAAGUUGCUGUUAGGUCCUCUUGGGCAGUUUCCCAUUGGGGCAUCUGGUUCUGGUUGGCCACUGUGGGAGCAGGAUGCUGGACUAGAUGGGGUUGUUGGCCUGAUCCUGCAGGCUCUUUUUAUAUUCUCAUGUCCAGACCCUUCGCUUUGACUUGGAAUGCAAAAAAAAGGGGGAAGUCAAGAGCAGCUUCUGGAGGAGUAAAGAUGCUGAGUUAAAAAACUGUUCACCUUGGACACUGGCAGGGGCACCAAACCGAGGGGAGCGCAGGGGCUUCUUGUAUCUCUCUACUUGCUCCCAGAGCAGGAGCUUUGACAUCAUUUCCAACAAAGUCUGCCAGCAGAAUGCUGUCAAAACCCAAGUUAUGGGCCUUCUGCCAACGCCUGCUUUUUUGUUUCAGGUUGGAGAAGUCAAGCCAAGUCCGCACUGUGUCCAGCAGUAACCUAUUUUUCAAAGGGAGUCGGUUCCGAUACAGGUAAAUAAUGACCGUAAGUAGCAGUUACUGGGUAUGUUCUUGGAUGCUUCCUCUGGGUGGCUUGAGGAACGAGUCUGUUAUAAGUUCAGCUGUGUUGAAUUUGAGAUAAAAUUAUCGGGCCAGAUCCAACUAACUGGCCCUGCCAGUGCGAUAGGAGCUCCUUCUAGCUUAGCUCACAGUUGGCUGUGGAGGGAGGUUGGGAGAACCCCCAGAACAGCACACGGGGUUGUGGUGGGUAUCAUUUCAUCAGGCAAGUUAAAAUGCUGGUGCUGACUAAACAGUUGGAAGAGGGUGAGGUUGGAUUCCUCCCUAAGGCAAGGCUGCUCAUCUGAUGUUCCCGACAUAAUGCAGGGAUUCAAGAGGUGCCUUCCCCUUUGUUUUCUGAGCGAGCUGUUUUGUUGUAUGCCAGAAUUUAAAUGUGAGGUGUAGUGGUUAUAGAGUGCCAGAGUAGGACCUGGGAGACCAGGGUUGGUACCCUCACUCGUCCAUGGGACAUGCUGGGUGUCCUUGGGCUAUGUCACUGCCUCUCGGCCUAACCUACUUCAGAAGGUUGUUGCAAAGUUAAACUGGGGGAGAGCCACAAAGCCGCCUUGAUGAAAGGUGGGAUUUAAAUACAGUAAGUAAAAAUCUGAAAUAAAAGGACUGCUGUAGCUGGGCCAAAUUCUGCUUCCAUGCACUCUAGUGCACAGCCAAGAAGCAAAAGCCAGUAAUAGGUGACAAGGAAAGUGCUGCAGGAAAGGCCAUACAACAAGGGAAGGAAAACAACGUAACUUUUCGAAGUAAAUAGCACAGCCGAUAUACUGGGGGAUGUCCUUUCUGCUCAUUGAAUGGGUCUGCCAGGAAGGAUGGCUUUUCUUUUGAGCUUCAAGCAAGUCCGAUUCCUCUGUCUAGAGCAGGCAAGAGUUGCUAGCAGAAACUCUGGAGGGGGAAAGGGUGGUUUCUGCUAUUGUCACGGCUUCUGUUCUCCAACCACUUUCAGUGGCCGAGUUGCAAAAGAAGUGAUGGAGUCUAGUGCCAAGAUCAAGCGGGAGCCUCCAGAAAUACACAGGUAAGGCUCAGCAGAGGAAGCUUGGAAGACAAGCUGUGGGCUCACCUGCGAGAAGCCACGCUGGCUGCAGCUGGUGGCAGUUCAGUAACAAAUGGGGGGGGGCAGCUUCCCCAUAGAGGAAGAUCCAUAGCUCAGUAGCAAAGCAUCCAGAAAGCCCCAUAUUCCAUCUCCAGGUUGGGCUGGUGAGCCAUUGCCACCAGUCAGUGUAGAUAGUCCUGGCCUGAACGAACCAGUGGUCUGACUCAGUAUAAGCAGACUGUUCCUCUGCUAGUUGCAAAAUCCACCCGGGAUGUGUUUUCCAGCUCUACCCCUGCAUUUUCUGGAAGGGGCCAUUUCCUGGGUUUGGCUCAUAAUCUUAAAGAGGCUCGUCUCUGAUUCUGAAUGGAAGGCUGCAUUCCCAACACCAUUUUGUGUGCUUCCUUUCUGUAGGGCAGGGCUGGUUCCUAGCCGUAGCUGUCCUUCCAUCACUCAUGGGCCACGGCUAAGCAGCGUCCCCAGAACUCGAAGGAGAGCUGUGCACAUCUCUAUCAUGGAAGGUGAGGUCUGGACACAAUGGUGACUUCGUGUAGCUUUGCAGCACACUCUCCAGAUUUAAUCUCUCUUCUGAACAAAGCCAAGGGCACAUUUGUACAUUCACCUCCCUUGGGGUGUUAGGAUGGUCUUUGGGCUACAAGCUCCUCAUCCGUCGUUAAUCCUUUCUCGGAAUGGAAUCUAUUUUGUGGAACUACUUUAGUUACCGGGGGCGAGGAGUGUUAUUUUAAAUGUGAUUUCGGUUUCAGUCUUAAUGAAAGAAACAUUCACAAAUGCCAGGUUUGCCUUUCCCACUGAGUCCUUUUCGUAUGUGCUGUAUCACUCUCUUGUGGCCAAAUUGGGAGGCAGCUGUCUCAAGUGAUUUAUGGAACGCAAGGACAGGAGACUGUUUCAUAUGCACUUAUGCUAAUUUCCGUAGGGAGGGCUGGCCAGCUCCAUGCAUUGUUAUUCUGCUGGUGUAUGGGUUUAGAAUGCUGUGUGCUUGCUACAAAUGCUUUGCCACCUGCAUCUUAAUGGGGGAAGACAAAAUCCUUUGCAAGAUUGACCCUUUUAAAUGAAAUUUCUCACAUGGCUGUGGAAGGGUUUCUCCCCUUCUACACACACAGCAGACUAGCUAAAGGUGGACCCCUGGCAAGGCCCCAUGGAGGAAAUUAAAAGCCGAUCUGCAUCAGGGUUGCACCUGCUAAACUGAGCUCGGGAGUUUAAUGUCUGAAGUUGGGUCAGUGUCAAGAGCAAGACCCAAGGUGAAGCCAGAGGCUGCUUCAUGGGUAUACUGCCAGUUUCUGUAGUGUCCUUUGGGCUACAAAAAGGCAGUUUUUAUGUGGAGCCAGCUUCAUCUAAGCAGUUCCACUAAUGGGAGAUCCAACACGAAGGGCUCUGGCUAAUGCAAUGGGGCUUCUUCCCCCCCCCCACCUGAACAGCAUACAGGAGGGUGGGAAAGGAGGUGGUUCCAUCAGGCAGGUGGAAAUGCUAGCACUGAUGAAACCUUUUAGCAAGAUGCUGGAUUUUUAACUUGCAAAACGAGAUAGCCCUCUUUUAUCUGUUGUACAACCACAAUGGGUAAAAUCUGGCAGAUUUUAUCAGCCAAGCAAGUUAUUCCCCCAAUUAAAAAGUGUCACUCCCUAGGGCCUAUGCGAACAGUGUGCAAUGGUGUGUACUGUGCCACUAACAUGAUAGGCCUAACUAAAAGAGUAGAAGAAUUUAAAAACCUUGAACUUUAAAGGGCAGUCUGGGCAGUUGCAAAUUCACCCAGGCCACGACUUCUGAACCAGGUAAGCAGUAAAGAUUAUGUGCAAUCACUUGUGGUGCUCCAUGCACCCACACUUUCUCCAUGUGUUUUAGCUCCACGUCACUUCUUCUCAAGGUUGGGGCAACAUUGAAGCUACUAGCCAUGAAUGCUGGGCUCCACUUCCAGCGCUGAAGGCAAUGUGCCUCUGAAUACUAGCUGCCGGGAAUCACAAAUGAGAUUAGCACUGCUGUUGCACACAGGUUCUAUUUUCAGGUGUCCCUUAACGGGCAUCUGGUUGGAUACUAAGAGAACAGGAUUCUGGACCAGAAGGCCCCCCUUUGGCCUGCUUUUCUUAUGUGACCAAUUCUAUCAUCAUAGAGGUGCUGCAGAGAGGCUGUGUAGACCACCUAGCCUUGCAGACAUGGCUGCCCAGCAAAUAACAGCCCUCCUCCUAAAACACACAACUAACUGGUUCCAUUGUUGAGUCGCUCCUUUCAUCAAAAUGUUUCCAACCAAAAUCUACCUUUAAUUUAAGGCCAUGAGAUCUAGGUCUGCUCUCUGGGCCAGGACAGAACAAGCCAUUGAUAUGAAAGCCUUCAGAGAUGCUCUCAGCCUGCUCAGUGUGGUGACAGCCAUUUCUUUCUUUUGGGAAGGAGAAUCCAGCCAGGAAGCCUCCAGGUGUUCACAAACAUGCCCUAAAUCUGCUUACCAUACAGAUGGGGAAUUUUUGGAGUUUCAGAUUUUGGGAAUAUGCAACCGAUUUCCACCAAACCACUAAAAAGCACAAGCCUGCAUUGUGCUUGAAUUUCUGGCAUUCGGAACCACUGAAGAGGAAUCUAAGGAAUGUUUUGAAUUAGGUUGCCGAAGGUUAACUUCCUCCAGGAUUCUUCUGAACCUGGCCAGAUUAUAGCCCUCACUUCCAUGCUCAAUUUACAGUGAUAUCUUGAUCUUGGGAUAAACAGUAUUUUAUAUUGAAAGCCCAACUUCCGUGUCUCCAUGCUGAGGCUGGCUAAUGCGUUGGCGACUCCCCUCAUCUUUCUCCAUAGCCAGCCCCUUUCUUCCUCUCUCCCUCCCUCUCUCCAGGGCUUGAGUGUUUGCGGGACAGUGCCCACUCCACCCCGGUACGGUCAGUCUCCCACGGCGAUGCCUUCCUGCCGCAUUCACGGGCCUACCGGGCCGAGAGCAGCGAGCGUGUGGCCAUCAUUUCGGACGAGAUCUACAGUCCCUCGGACAGCGUCCUUCCCACGCCGGUAGCUGAGCAGAGCCUUGAGCUGAUGCUGCUCUCCAGGCAGAUCAACGGAGCCCCUUGCAGCAUAGAGGAAGAAAAGGAGUCUGAGGCCAACACGCCCACGGUGGCCGAGGCCGAGGAGCUGGGGAGGGAGCUCCGAGCCUUGUGCCAGGGUGUGGGCAGCGGUGGCGGAGCCCAAGCAGAACAGGUGAAUAAGUUUGUUUUCAGUGUCCUCCGUUUGCUCCUUGUGACCGGUGGGCUCCUCUUUGUUUUGCUCCUCCUCCUGAUCAUCCUUACCGAGUCUGACCUUGACAUUGCCUUUUUCCGUGAUAUUCGCCAGACCCCCGAGUUUGAACAAUUCCAUUAUCAAUACUUUUGUCCCCUCAGGCGAUGGUUUGCCUGCAAAAUCCGCUCCGUGCUCAGCCUACUCAUUGACACCUGAAGGCAGGACUCCUCCUAGUAACUAGCCAGGUGGAUUGCAGAAGAUCCCUGCUACCCAUUCCCAGAAAAAUGGGACACAUCGUGGCACCAUCGGCACAUAAAAUAAGUCCUCCUUUCAUGAAUCAAAGUAAACAGCGGCCUAGGAGAGUUGUUUCCAAGCAGAAGAAAGGGAUAAGACUUUCUCACAUGCGCCAGAUUCAAACAAUGCCCAUUUCUUUACACGUCCUCUUCCUGGAAGUGUCUUCAACUGGUUUGCUUUCCAACUUUUAAAUUAUUCUGCACUCUUCCAAGUUUAAUUUUAAGCUUUCCUAGAGGUGGCCAUUUCAAAAAUUUCAAGUAAAGAGAGUUUAUUUUAUUACUAUUGAUUAUUGCAUUAAGUGCCAGCCUCCAGCUAGGACACUAGUUCAAGAAGGCAGCGUCAUUUUAUGCAGGAGCUUUUGUAAUGGUGCUACUGAGUUGUAACUUUAGUAUUUUAUUAUUUUGUUAAAACUGCCACUGUGUACAGCACUACCACCUUAAACAUAGUCUUGCUAUUUUAUCAAUAAAACUUCUGGCUUAAUCUGGAAUUUUGAAGGUGGGGGCAGGGGGGAUUAAGGUUCUGACACCAUAUGGUCACCCAAACACACUCAAUUCUUUAUAAGCAAUAGGUAAGGCACGAGACAAGGAGGCAGCAACGAGGUGUAAAUCUAAUUCUUCCCCCUAGCGUUGAAAAGUGUGACUAGGAGAAACCUGUCCUUUGUGAAUUUCAACUUCUGACCUUUAGGAUCCCAGAAAUGCAGUUUUUCUUAGAGCAGUAACGUCCCCAUAUAAAGCAAGAGUUAGUAUAUGGGGGAAAUAAAUAUAUGUAUUUGAUUAUACUUGACCGAGUCUUGCUGUAUUAAGUAGUAGUGAUCAUAUCCAAUUUCUUUGAAAGACAUUUUGCCUCAGAAAGCUGUACUUGUUUUUGUACUACAAAAGAACAAACUUGUUUCAACCUAUAUAUUUUAAGAACAAAAUGCUAUUUUGUUAACGAGCAAACCAAGUCUUUUUUACUUUAUGAAUUAGGUGAAUAUAGUGUGGUAUUCAAAGUGAUUGGUGGUAAACAAAAUAUUAUGGCUGUUUUUAGGAUGGUAUUUGAGCAUCAAGCUAACCCAUUCAUAACUUCUGGAGGAAGGAAAAUGGGUUACCUUGUGCCAUUAAAACGAUGGAGAACUUAAGGACGUGGGGGAGGUAGCACUGGAAUGAAAACACAUAGAACAAUCUGACCCACACGUUUCCAUCCUGAAGGCAAUUCAGAAAUUUUUUUCCUACUUUUUGUCUUGUGAUGUGGAUAGUCUAAUCUAAAAGCCUGACAAAUAGCAGCUCAUUUGUAAAAGGAGCAAUAAAUUUUAAACAUGGUGAGAGUAUUCACCAAGAUGAGCAGAGCAAGAGAAUGAAAUCAGACUGGCAAGUGUUUUAUUUCAUCUCAGGGAGAGAUUUCAAGUCACUUGGGAAUCUAAAUCAGAAAUAUUUCAAGAGGCUGGUUUCAUUUAUCUUGUCUCUGACUUGGCUACUACAAUUUUCAGCAGGCACACAAGCCCUUCAAGUUCAUGCAGAACUGAAGCACUGCCAGGACUUGCCCAAUGGGAGGGUGCGUGGAUAGGCGUGGGAAUCUCAAGCACCGAUUUCCUUUCCAAGUUCAGUUACACUCUGCCCACAGCUGGUCAUUCAUCAUUUGGAAAAAAAAGAGCACAAUGACACUAUUAGCAAUACACUAAAUAUUGGCAAAGGUUACUGGACGCAGACUGGGGUGUGGGUGUGGGUGUACGGUACACUAGAAAAGGAUUCCCUGUUAUUUGAACACAUCGUGGAAGUGCUACAAGGAUCUGUUUGAUUACUGACCAUUAACUGCAACUGCCAGCUUGGAAGUCACAAGAGCCAAGAGAGAUUUUGGCUUUCACUUUUGCUUAUACAGGUACAUUAAAAAAAACUUUUGAAUGCCUGCCAAGAAGAUACAAGGGAUAGAUUUUACAAGGAUACACACUGUUUUAUGCAACACAGCAACAAAAUUAACUUCUAGUGUAGUGUUCCUACCUCAGUCUGUAGUAAACGAUGCUUCUAUGCAGUGAGUGAAAAGUCUUAAUUUUAACAUUCUCCAUCCCAGAUAACGAUGCAGUAUUUAUUUCAUGUUUUAAUUGUUGGUAUUGUUGAUCAUGCCACACACUUGUCCUGUUAUCUGUAACUAUUUUGUACAAUGGACAUUUUCAUUUUCAAAGUGGACAACUUAUGAAUACUGAUGGUGGCUUUAGAUAGUUAUUUUACUUUUUUAAAAAUUCUGGCCACAAUCCUAGAGUUAAGGUCUCCCGUGCACUUUCAUUUCUCUGGGGCUUGCACUGCAGAACCUCUUCCUAAUGGAUUGUGUCUCGUUUUUGCCAAAUGUUUUAUCCUGAAAACUUUCCAGCUGGCAACUGAAAAAAAGUCAUUUUUCCUGUUUUGCCCCAUGUUACGUUUCAUGUUUCACUUACUACUAAGUUGUUCCUGGUCUCAUUUGUAUAAACUGUGGUGGUUUCCAUAGGUUGCUGUAUCAGAGGAAACAAACUCUUAACAAGGACUAGCGUACUGCAUAUUUAAAAGCAGUAGAAAGUAAGUUACCUGAAAAUGUGAAUUUUAGUUUUCAUAACAAUAUAGACGUUAACCUUUCAUGUGCCAAAUGCUGUGUUACAUUUUCCCUUCAAAAUAAUGUACCUUUUUCUACAUAUUCAACAUGUAGUUAGCAUAAAUCAUUGGUGCCAUAUAGAAGUAUUUUUAAAUUUAAAUAAAUAUUUAAUUAUGAUG